UCAAAACAAAGAUCCUAUUACCUCAAAUAUCAUUUUUGUAGGAAAACUUCACCUCUCUUGGCCUUUAAAAAAGGAGAAACUUCCGUGACUUCCAUCAAAAAAUGCACAGCACAAAUUCCACGCAUUGCAUAAAACAUAUAAAUCCAGUAUUGUAUAGUAGUAGUAGUAGUAGAAGAAUUUAUAAUGUGAAAAUUCAAAAAGCACCAAAUCCUCAUCCCUUCCGCUUUUUUAGAUCCUCUUUUUCAGUCACCGAUAACAAUUUUUUGAUUUCUAAUCUACUCUGAUUUUGGUAAGAGUUGUCAAUGGCGAUCAUGGAAUUUCCGGAGACCCAAGGAGCCAACACGACCACUGCUUCGGCUAUUCAAAACCUCAACUUCGAUCUUAUUCGGAGAAGACGUGGCAGUAAUGUUUUUGCGCCGGCUACUGCAAUAAACGCUUCCGAUGUAUGUGGCAGCGGUGCUCGAUUUGAAAUCAUCAAUGAGCCGAGUAAAUCGGUUGGUGAAUCCAUUCAUGGAAAUCCGAUGGAAGAAGAGGAAAGGAACGAUGCUGCUGUUGCCAAUGGCCAGGAAAGCAAUACAACCGCCUAUAAAUUUUCUUACAGGGCGUCCGCGCCUGCUCACCGCCGAAUCAGGGAGAGUCCUCUUAGCUCCGAUGCCAUUUUCAGACAGAGUCAUGCAGGCUUGUUCAAUCUCUGUGUGGUGGUGCUGAUUGCUGUUAACAGCAGGUUGAUUAUCGAGAAUUUGAUGAAGUAUGGCCUGUUAAUUAGGGCUGGUUUUUGGUUUAGUUCGAAGUCUUUAAGGGAUUGGCCGCUUCUAAUGUGCUGUCUCAGUCUCCAACUUUUGCCUCUUGCUGCUUUCCUUGUGGAGAAGAUGGCUCAGAAGAGGUGUAUGACUGAGCGUGUGGUGAUCAGUCUUCACAUAACUAUAACAACAGCUGCCAUUUUUUAUCCAGUUCUGGUCAUUCUCAAGUGUGAUUCUGCUUUUCUGUCUGGUGUCAUAUUGAUGCUCGUUGCUUGUAUUGUGUGGAUGAAGCUGGUUUCUUAUGCACAUACAAAUCACGAUAUGAGACUACUUGCAAAGUCUAUGGAUAAGGUUGAAACUUCAGAUGUGGAUUACUCUUAUGAUGUUAGCUUCAAGAGUUUGGCUUACUUCAUGGUUGCUCCAACAUUAUGUUAUCAGCUUAGCUAUCCCCGCACUCCAUGCAUUCGCAAAGGUUGGGUGGCCCGGCAAUUCAUUAAGCUGAUAAUAUUUACUGGAUUGAUGGGAUUUAUCAUAGAACAGUACAUUAACCCAAUUGUGCAAAACUCACAACAUCCUUUGAAAGGAAACCUUUUAUAUGCCAUCGAGAGGAUAUUGAAGCUUUCGGUUCCGAAUUUAUAUGUCUGGCUCUGUAUGUUUUAUUGCAUCUUUCAUCUUUGGCUAAAUAUACUUGCGGAACUACUAUGUUUUGGUGAUCGUGAGUUCUACAAGGAUUGGUGGAAUGCAAAAACAAUUGAUGAGUACUGGAGAAUGUGGAAUAUGCCUGUUCAUAAGUGGAUGGUUCGUCACAUUUAUUUCCCAUGCUUAAGGAAUGGAAUUCCAAAGGCGGUCGCAUUACUGAUUGCUUUCCUUGUAUCUGCUGUUUUCCACGAGCUGUGUAUUGCUGUUCCUUGUCGCCUUUUCAAGUUUUGGGCGUUCAUUGGAAUUAUGUUCCAGGUUCCUUUGGUCAUUCUCACAAACUUCUUACAAAAUCAGUUCCAAAGCUCGAUGGUGGGCAAUAUGAUGUUCUGGUGCUUUUUCUGCAUUCUUGGUCAGCCAAUGUGUGUGCUCCUGUAUUACCACGACGUAAUGAAUAGAAAAAGCAGUGCAUGUUAAGCUUCAUGCUGAGGAUAUAUUGUUGUGUGGUUGAGUAUUUAAGUAUUGGAUUCCAAGCUCUAUGCUACUUUUUCUUAGAGGACGCUGGUCAUCCACUAGCAACAACAUUGGUGAUGAUGUGUUUCUGGGAAGGCAUUCCUGCUAUUUCCUUAAUCACUCCAAAUGAUAUUCAGAUGACAAACGAAUUAUCUGUUAUGAAUGCACAACACGAGGGCACGACAAAUGAUGCUGAUGACUGACAUUUUUAUGGCUUUCUCCAUUUCAGAGAAAUGUAACAUACUAUCUUGAGGUACCCGCGCUUGUUAGUGUAAUCCCUACUCGCCUCUAAUUUCUCAUUCAUCUGUUCUGCUUGUGCUUGGCUGUGACGCUAGCAUGAAAUGUAAAUAAUUGGGUGUAACAGAUAAACAAAGCCGAUUGUGCUUAAAAACACUUGGUAUUGCACAGCUGUGAAAGACAGUUGAAGUACAGAGCUUAUCAAAAUUGAUUAGAGAGCAAAGAACAUGAUAGAAUCAUAUUAAAUUUAAUAA